UGGAGUCAUUUCAACGGUCUCCCGCCUCAGCGUGGACCCGGCAGACGCCCCCGGUGGCAAGCGGAGCUGAGCUGCUCACCAGUGCUGCGUUUGCGGCCGGAGAGAGCGUACCCCGCGGUCACAGGGAGUCUGUGACCCCCGUUUCUACCCGAGCCGCCCGGGGAGGAGCACCGCGCGGAGAGAGAUCCGCUCUGUGCGUUCCAAAGCCGCGUCGCCGUCCUCCCUCCAGCAUCUGCCACCUCGCCAAGUUCUCUUCGUUGAUUAUUUACCGCAGGCCUGGGGGACAAAACAAAACGCCGGCGCUCCGGAAUCUGAGUACACCCCCACAAGCCCUUCGUGUGGAGCAGUGAACUGUUCGUGCUUCCUUUUACUUGAGAUCAUGCAGAGAGCUUCACGGCUGAAGAAAGAACUGCAUAUGUUAGCUGUAGACCCUCCCCCAGGCAUCACGUGCUGGCAGGAAAAGGACCGAGUGGAUGAUUUGCGAGCUCAAAUAUUAGGUGGAGCCAACACACCUUAUGAGAAAGGUGUUUUCACACUGGAAGUUACCCUUCCUGAGAGGUACCCAUUUGAACCACCACAGAUCAGAUUUCUGACUCCAAUUUAUCAUCCAAACAUUGAUUCUAAUGGAAGGAUUUGUCUAGAUGUUCUCAAAUUGCCACCAAAAGGUGCAUGGAGACCAUCCCUCAACAUCGCUACUGUAUUGACCUCUAUUCAGCUGCUCAUGGCAGAACCCAAUCCUGAUGACCCACUAAUGGCUGACAUUUCCUCAGAAUUUAAAUAUAAUAAGAUAGCUUUUCUCAAGAAUGCCAGGCAGUGGACAGAGACUCAUGCAAGACAGAAACAAAAGGCUGAUGAAGAGGUGCUAGAAGACUCCUCAGAGGUCGGUGACUCUGAGGAAGGCAACUGCACACAGAAAAGGAAAGCCAGGCCACUGGGAGGCAUAGAUAAGAAAUUUCACCCUGAUGUUCAGAGAGUUUGUCCUGGUCCCUCUUAGUUAAUGUAGUCUGUGACAAGGUGGUCUCUUUUGCUUGCUUUUCUUGAAUGUUUUUCUUUGUGUUUGAUGACAUAAUGUUUGUAUCCUUAUAAAAGACCUUGUAUGUUUACACAUUGUGCUAUGCAGUGAUUCUUUAAGGAUACUUUGUUUUAUUUAUCUUGUACAUAUGUAUUUUGAAAACUUUUAAACUUGAAAAAUAAAUAAUACUUAAUGUUAA